AGUAUCGAGUCCAGGAUCUGGUUGUUUUACUGGCCAUUCAGCUUUCAACUUAAUUUUUGUUUCUAUCUUUGUAAUUAGUUUGAUUUUCGCAUUUUAUUAUUCAAAUAAGCAAACAUGAGCCUGCCACCUGCAAUGUUCCGGUGUAUUCGAAAUGUCCAUUCUAGUGGAUUGUAUUAUAAUUUUGCUAAAUCUGUUUGUUAUCGUUCCUACACCAGUGAAGCUGCUGCUCAACCUGAAAAACCCUUAACGAUGCCCACUCCUGGUGCCGAGAAAGUUUUUGAUGUUAAAUUGUCGAAAAUUGUAGAUGAAAUUGAAAAAUUGACCCUUUUAGAGGUAUCUGAUUUAAACCAAUUGCUUAAAAAAAGGUUGAAUAUUCCAGAUACUCCAAUGAUGGCUAUGGGAGCAAUGCCUGUUGCGGCAACACAUGCUUCAGCUCAAGAUGAAGCAGAAGAGCCCAAAGCUGUUAAAUCAUCUUAUACUGUUAAAAUUACGAAAUUCGAUGAGUCUAAAAAGGUUGGAUUGAUUAAAGAAAUCAAAGGAUUAGUAUCUGGUCUAAAUCUUGUCCAAGCCAAAAAGUUUGUCGAAUCAGUGCCACAGAUAAUUAAAUCAGAUUUAUCUAAAGAAGAAGCCGAAAAAUUAAAAUCUCAUUUGGAGUCCCUAGGAGCAACAGUAGUGAUGGAUUAAAAUUUGAGCUUUGCUUAUUAGCAAGUAAUGAUGAGUUUAUUGCUUAAAAUUGUUCAUUUGCAACUAAUUAUUGCUUGCCUGUAUUGACAAUUGUUGGAACAGCAAAGACUAGUCGAAGCAAAAUUGAUCUUAAUAGAAAAAGAUUUGAGAAAAUGUAAGUUGGUUUAAUUUUUGAACUAAACUGUUAUGUAUUGUCCUUUCUCAAUAAACUGCAACUUGGUUGCUUCUUUAAGAAUAA